AUGUGGAAUUAUGACACGAAUGAUUAUCUGGCUUGUUUUGAUGCUGUGGAAAGCACUGUACUGAAAAUUGCAUUAGCACGGGUAAAAUCUGAAGUCUUUUGCUUUCUCCUUUGCUACCAUGAUGUUGUUUUUAUCCAUUUUAUAGUCCCUAUCACUCACGGUUUGGUUGUGAGUACCGUCACAGAUCUCUUUUUAUACCCUGUUAUUAUGGAAGUUGAUCCUGUCACUGGAAGACCUGGCAGGAUGAACAUCAGGGAACACAUUGCGAUUUUAGUGGAAAAGCAUCCGAGCCUAUGGUUGCCAUCGCAUGAUGACUAUCACGAUAAGGACGUGCGCGCAGCCACAUGGAAUAAAAUUGUCGAUUUGUUGCUUGAACGUGGUAUUGCGGCUGAUUUAGAUGAUGUGAAAGCGAAAUGGAAGGCCAUGCGCAGCGGCUACAUGAAGUGCCGUAAAGGAAAAUCAGGACAAGCAGCCACCCGCACAGGAAUUUUCAAAUAUCUGACAUUUCUGGAUCAAGCUGAAGUGGACGCGCCGCGAGUUUCGAAUUUAAAUCUGAGCGAUGAGGAGCACGUGAACGACGAAAACGAUUUUCCAUCGACUAGUUCUCAAUACGAAUCAACGAACCGAAAGAGGCCCGCUGAAGAAAUCGAGAUACCGCUACUUGGACAGCCUUCUGAAAAGAGAAAGAUUACCCCGAAAAGAUCCCGAAUGGUUGACAUGUGUGAUGAAGAUAGAGUUGCUCUGCGCGAUGCGAUAAACACGGUUAAAGAAAUGGUGGAGGCGGUCAAAAAGAAUGACAAAUACGAUACGUUUGGUGUUUUCGUGGCUCAAAAUCUGAGAGAUAUGGGCGAUGCGAAAGCGCAAGAGAAGAUACAUGUCAUAGUAACGUCUCUGGUGACAGAAGUUAGACAUGUCAUUACACCGGAGGAGUUUCGCCAGUGCGUGGAAGAGGCAUAUCGAUCUAAGAGCAGUCUCCCAAUCCAAGUAGUCAAGCACUACGAAGACAAUGUAAGAGAACCAUCUCCCGAAGAAUGAUUUUGAGUGCAUUUUCUUUGUUUACUUUUCAUUUUCGUUAUCAGUAGUUUGUUUACUUUUCAUUUUUUUUAUUACCAGUACCAUUAGCAGUUCCACACUUUGAGAAGCAUUCGAUAGACUCUUUAGCAAGAUUCUUAGUUCUUGGAUCUCGGUGAAGUACGGUUGUUACGGUUGAUACGAUACGGUUUGAUACGAUACGGUUCACAUUUUUUCAAAGAUUUUGUACAGUUUUGGAUUUCAAGAAGAAGUAAAAGUUUAUCG